CGGCUAGGAAAGCGAGGAAGUGGAAGCAGCGAGUGGCGGGGCGCAUUUUAUUCGAUUACUUGGACUCUCUCACACCCGGCAGCGGGUCCUUGAUGCUUUGAUGACCAUGGCAGAUGCAAAUGAACAGCUAGCGCAAAGUAAAGUGCUGGUAACACAACUUAAGCAAUUUAUCAAAGAGAAAGAUGCCGAACUUCAUGAGAGAGACCAACAACUAAAGGCAGCAAAAGAAGGUUUUGAUUCUAAACUUUCCAAAAUAAAACUGGAGAACAAAGCCAAGGUGUUAUUGCUGACUACUCAACUGGCGGAACUUAAGAAACAACUACCAGGACCUGCGGGAGCAGAAUGGAAAGCUGAAGAUGAAAAAGCAUCUAAAAAUGGUGGCCAUGAAAAUGCUAUAAACCGUGCAAAGCUUAUAGUACUGAAGAAAAAAGUUGAAGCAUUGGAAUCCCAAAAGCUCCAAAUUAAUGAAGAGUUACAAAAAAAGAUUGCAGACUUGGAAACCCAGCGUCAACGAGGCGUGGACUUGGAUUCUAUUCUUGCAUUAAAGGAUAGGAAACUAGCUGAAAAAGAAGCCUACAUUGUUGAGUUGCAGUUAGCCUAUGGAUCAGAAAAUUUUGCUAGCUUAUUUGCUCCCAUUGAAGAUUUGAAGAGCCAGCUGAAUGUAAAGGAGUCUUCCCUGCAGAAUUUUGAACAGUUAGUUCAUAAUCUAACCAAGAAGGUUGAAGAAAAUGAAGAGAAGUGCAGUCUCCUCCAGGAAGAGAAUGAAGACCUUAAAGGACGCACCAUUAAAGAGAGAGAACAUUUCCAGGAAAGAGAAGCUAUGUACAGUGAAAAUAUUCGUGUAUUUCAGAGUAUUAUCCAGGAAAAGGAGAAAGAGCUAAUGGAACAGGCUCAGAAACAUGAGCUUGAACUGUUUAGACUAGCCGCAAAAUCCGAUGCCAGAGCUGAUCUAGACCAGUUGCUUAAGGCCCUUAAGCAGAAACUGCAUGAGAAAGAAGAAGUGCUUUCGGGGAGGACCCAGGUGAUUGUCGUGAUGCAAAAGGAGCUAGAUGUCAAGGAUAAACAACUAAAGGACACUAGUGAAAGCAUACGACAGCUGCAGUCAGAGAAAGAAGACCUGGAGUCUAAAAUGUUUGCUGAUAGGCAUAUAAUGAAAGUCCAGUUAAGAGAACUUUUGGAAAAGCAUGACCUUGAACUUAAGCAAGUUGCAGAGAAACAUCAUGUUGAACUCCACAAUGUAAUAGAGAAAUAUGAAAUAGAAAUUCAGGAGAAGGAUCAAACCCUGCAGCAUCUUCAGAAACAAGUGGAAGAAUCAAGAAAUAGUGGACAAAGUAUUACUUUGCAAGGCACAGAAAUAGAUGGUGUUAAUAAAGAAAAAAUGAAACAAUUAGAAGCCCAAGUGAAUUUGAAAAUAGAAGAAGCUAGAAAAUCUGAAGAAAGAUUGCUUAGAACUAAAGCAUGGUCUAAGUCUCGCAUAAAGCAACUGGAAAAUGAACUAAAGAAGAUGUCAUUGAAGAAUGAUGAUGCGUCUGCUCUAACCAGCCGGCUGUCAGAAUUAGAGGAAAAACUAGAAGUAAAAGCUCAAGCCUUUGUUGACCUCAAAACACGUAAUGAAGAGCUGCUGGCUAAACUGGAGAUGUAUGAAGAACAGCAGAGAAAGUUGCAGGCAGAUCUUGAGCAGGUUACGAAGAGGGCAGCUUCCCAGGCUAGUGAGUCGGGUAAUGCUGAGGAAUUUCAGUCUCAGCUUUUAGAGUGGCAUGAGAUGGGACAUGGGUCAGAAGAAGCACGUGACCAAGCCAGAGAGGAAAAAUCUUCUCUAGCAAUGAGAAUCGUUGAGCUAGACCAUGAUCCUGAAGUUCUGGUCUCAGGGCAGCAAGUGGACGAGGAUAGGCGGGAUGAUGAAGAAUGUGGCAGUCUUCAUCAAACCAGAAGAAAGAAAAAGCAGGCUACAAUAAAAUUCCAGCAAGAAUAUCAUUUCGAUAGGAAACAGUGCUUUGAAGAUUUGAAUGAUACCUUUGAAGACGUGAAUGGCAUACAGACAGCAGAAGGGGAAAAUAUGGGAGGUUGGUGGCCGGAGUAUACAUCCCCUAAUGCAGAAGGAUUACGGACGGUGAUGGAGGGAUUGGAGUUGGAGAGAAAUCAACUACAAGAGCAAAUUUUAUCUCUUGAAGAUCGUUGUCAGGAUUUGGAAGAUAGACUUCAGUUGCAAGCCAGAGUGGAAGCUUUGCAGAAUGAAAAUGAACAUCUGCAGACGCUACUUGGACAGCUCCAAAGUCAGCAAGCACAGGAUAAUGAGAAGAAUGAAGUAAUUGUUUCUGGCUUGAAUGAACAACUGAAAGGGUUAAAUGAUAGGAAAGCCUUCCUUGAAAAUGAACUUGGGGAAAAAGAACAGAAGCUAUUGCAUGCAGCAAAGAAAUUGGAGGAAAUUGAUAAUUGUAAGGUGUUACUACAAGAGAAAGUAAGUUCCAUGGAAGAAAUGAAGGAGAAGUUGGCCCAAACAGAACAGCAAUUGGAAGAAGUUAGAAAGCAGUGCCAGGAGAAUGAAGCAGAGUGCUCUGAACAAAAAAUUACAAUUGGUCAUUUAGAAGAGAAAAUAGCAACGCUUAAAGAAAAGAAUUUGAAGCAAGAGAAUGCAGUAGAACUAAUGACGCGAGAUCUUGACCAGGCAAAUGAAGAACUUGAAAGACUCAACACAAACCAUCUAGAGGAGAGAUUUCAACUUAUUCAAGAUCUCCAAAGACGAGAGCGAGAAAUUGACCAACUCAAGGAAGCACUGUCUGAGAAAGAUGAGGCAUUUUCUGCUCUUACUUCCAGUGUGACUGAACAUUCAGAGCAGGUUAUAGUUUUAAAGCAACUAGUCCAAGAAAAAGAGGAUGAAGUGAGAAAACUACAAGAAGCACUGUUAACAGCAGAUAGAGAGAUAAAUGUACUUAAAGAAAUGAAGAAUUCUGAUGUGAAAGAUGCAAGUGUGAAAAUGUCUAUGGUUUCAGAGCAACUCAGUGCAACACAGCUGGAGUUGGAAAAAGUGAAAAGUGACAAAGAAGCAAAAGACAAAGAAAAUGAGGAACUGAUUAGACAAAUAGGUGAAAAGAGUCACACAAUUGAAGAUCUUUGUUCAGAAAUGAAGUCUCACAGUAUCACAUAUAAUAAUAACCUUACUGAGUGUAAGUCACAAAUUAGUGUGCUCAAAGAGCAAAUUAGUGAAUCAGCUGUGAACCUGCAGAGCAUGGAAAUAAAACACAAACAUGAAAUUGAUUCUUUGAAAUCCCAGCUUGAAGAAAACAGCUCAGUAAGGGAAAAACUAUAUAGGUUGCAUAAAGAAAAUGAAAGCAAAGAACAGAGUUUUGAAAAUGAAUUAAAAUCUGUGAAGGCCUUGUAUAAUAAGCUUGGUUCGGAAGCCUCUAAAAAGGAUGAAGAGUUGGUUAAAUUAUCCAGACAAAUUUCACAACAAAUUGAAAAGCAAGAAUCACUGAAAAAGAACUUACAAGAGAAAUUAGAGGUUAUAAGUUCACUGGAGCAAAAGCUUCAUCAAUUCAAGGAAGUUAAGGUGAAAUUAGUUAAAGACUUGCAAAGUAAAGAUGAACUGUGUAAGGAUCUUAACAAUAAGCUAAAUGAAACUCUCGAAACAUUGCAGACAACCAAAUCAGAAGCCAAGGUCCUUACAUUGGCUAACAGGCAGUUUCAGACCAUUCUUGAAGAGAAAGAAAAAGAUAUGACGGAACAAAAAAAGAUACAUGCAGAUAUCAACAACAAAAUAACUGCUAUGGGAAAAGAAAACCAGAAGUUGGUAAAUAUGAAUGAGACUCUGUCUAAACAAUUGGAUGUGAAAGAGCGUGAAAUGCUGAGCAUUCAGGCUCUGAAAAAAGAGCUGGAAAAUGAAAUAUCUGCCAAAGAUAUACAGCACCAAAAAAUAGUUUCAGAACUUCACCAUGAGAAGGAGACAUUGAAGCAAAAAGUUGAUGAAAUUUCAGCUCUCAUAGAGCAGAAGGAACGUUCUGUGGCUGAGGAAUUUAAAGUAAAUAUGGGAAAGAUACAAGAGGAAAAUCAGAAGCUAACUGAAUCAAAUUUAAACCUCACUCAAUUGGUGGACAAAAGAGAUUCUACCUUAAGAAAUAAAGGGACUGAACUUGAAGCCCUGUCAAAGCAAUUGGAUAUGAAACAGUGUGAAAUACUGAAGCAAAUUCAGGUUGUGAAAGAGUUGGAAAAUGAAAUAUCUUCCAAAGAUAUACAGCACCAAAAGACAGUUUCAGAACUCCAUCUUGAGAAGGAAGUAUUGAAACAAAAAGUUGAUGAAAUUUCAGCUCUUGUAGAACAGAAGGAGAGUUCUAUGGCUGAGGAAUUUAAACUAAUCAUGGCAAAGAUGCGAGAGGAAAGUCAGAAGCUAACUGAAACAAAUUUAAACCUCACUCAGCUAGUGGAAGAGAGAGGAUCUACCCUCAAAAAUAAAGAGGCCGAACUUGAAGCUCUAUCAAAACAAUUGGAUAUGAAACAGUGUGAAAUACUGAAGCAAAUUCAGGUUGUGAAAAAGUUGGAAAAUGAGAUAUCUGCCAAAGAUGCACAGCACCAAAAGUCAGUUUCAGAACUCCAUCUUGAGAAGGAGUCAUUGAAACAAAAAAUUGCUGAAAUUUCAGCCUUUGGAGAGCAGAAAGAACGUACUAUGGCUGAGGAAUUUAAACUAAAAAUGGAAAAAAUGCAAGAGGAAAAUCAGAAACUAACUGAAACCAAUUUAAACCUCAAUCAGAUAGUGGAAGAGAGAGGAUCUACCCUCCAAAAUAAAGGGGCCGAAGUUGAAGUUCUCUCAAAACAAUUGGAUGUGAAACAGUGUGAAAUACUGAAGCAAAUUCAGAUUGUGAAAAAGUUGGAAAAUGAGAUAUCUGCCAAAGAUGCACAGCACCAAAAGUCAGUUUCAGAACUCCAUCUUGAGAAGGAGUCUUUGAAACAAAGAAUUGCUGAAAUUUCAGCCCUUGGAGAGCAGAAAGAACGUUCUAUGGCUGAGGAAUUUAAAGUAAACAUGGAAAAGAUGCAAGAGGAAAAUCAGAAACUAAAAGAAACCAAUUUAAACCUCAAUCAGAUAGUGGAAGAGAGAAGAUCUACCCUCCAAAAUAAAGGGGCCGAAGUUGAAGCUCUGUUAAAACAAUUGGAUGUGAAACAGUGUGAAAUACUGAAGCAAAUUCAGGUUGUAAAAGAACUGGAAAAUGAAAUAUCUGUCAAAGAAACAAAGCACCAAAAGACAGUUUCAGAACUCCAUCUUGAGAAGGAGGCAUUGAAGCAGAAAGCUGAUGAAAUUUCAGCUCUUGUAGAACAGAAGGAACAGUCUAUGAUUGAGGAAUUUAAAGUAAAUAUGGGAAAGAUACGAGAGGAAAAUCAGAAACUAACUGAAACAAAUAUAAACCUCACUAAGGUAGUGGAAGAGCAAGAAUCUAGUCUAAAAAGUAAAGGGACUGAACUGGAAAAACUCCGUCAACAAAUUGCUGAGGUAGAGGAAGAAUAUGCAACAUCAAGUGCCCAGUUAGAACUGCAAAGGAAAGAAUUAGAUUUGUUAAGAUUUGAAAAGGAAAGUAUGUCACUUUCCUGUAAAAGUGAAUGUGGUGCUCUUCAGGCACAGUUGAGGGAUGUAAAUUGUACUCUAAUGAACAAAACAGAUGAGAUAGUUACCUUAACCUCACAUUUGUCUCAGCAAAAUCAUAUGAUUUUAGAUCUGAAGAACCAAAUUGAUAGCCUUACAAUUGAAAAAGAAAAAUUUAAAGCUAAUUUGGAAGAAAAAGUAACUCAACUUUCUCAAAGCGAAGCAUUAAUUCAACAGAUAAAAGACAGUUCUUUUGUUGGAGAAGCAAAAUACUUGCAAACCAUAUCUGAUUUGCAGAAGCAGGUGCACAUUUUGGAUUCUGAAAUUCAUCAGUUUAAACAGCUAUCACGAGAAAAGGAAAAUGAACUCCUAAAUAAAGGCCAAGAUAUGCAGAUUUUAAAAAAGAAAUCUGAAGAGGCUGAGAUCCUCAGAGUUCAGCUGUCUGAGAAUGUGGAGAUAAUUGCUGACCUUAAUGGUCAGCUUAAAAAUAUGGCAGAAAAGAAAGCUGAGCUUAAUCAGUCACUUAUUCAGAAAGAUGAGUCUCUGAAGCAAAAAUCAAAUGAUUACAUGAAGCUCAAAGCACAGUAUUCCAAAGUAGAGGAACAUUGCCGCUUGAAGGAGGAAUUGUUGAAGUCUUUGAAUUCUGAAGUACAGCAGUUAAAAGGAGUUGUUCUGGAAAAAGAUGUAGGUAUUAGAACAACUCUGGCAACUAAUGAGACAUUGAAAUUGGAAAAUGAGACCUUAAACAAGCAAGUUAAGGAUUUUCAAAAAGUAAUAAUCAAGCUGAACAAAGAGAUUGAUAGUCAGAAAAGAAUAACUAGUGAUAUGCAUGAAUCUGUAAUCGAUAACCAAAAUCUUUUUAGUGAUAUAAAGAAUGGAUUGGUACUUGAACUUACAAAUGCUUUAAUUGAAAAAGAUAUGAGUAUAAAGUUAUUAGAAAGCAAUGCUUGUGCAAGUACCAAUGAGAAAGAGCUACUUAGGAAAGAAUUGGAGAAAAGUGCAGAAACUGUUAAUAACCUUACUGCCAUUGUGGAAGAUAAUCAUCAAAACCAAACAGCGAAUUUGACUGAGAUUAGUAUUCUAAAAGAUGAAUUGGAUGCUUUAAAAUAUGAAUACCGAAAGGCAGUGGAUCAGAUAAGUGCAUGGAAACAAAAUAGUAGUGAAAAGGAACUGGCUUUACAGACUCUUCGAAAGAAGUGCUCUGACCAAAAUCUACUUACUGAAAACUUAACAACAAAAUCAUUUAAAUUAAACUCCAGAUUUUCUCCAGAAAGUGGCAGUGAUGCACUUUCAUUAGAAAAGUCACACUUGGCUCCUGAAGUUACAGAUAAAUUUGCUGUACAGAAAACUGUUGAUGUAAAGGCCUUAGAAAAAAAGGAAUACAUUGAAUCUAAAUAUAAGGUCAAACAAAAAUCAGAAGAGCCACAGAAGUUUGAAGGUAAAAUAAAAGUAACAGCAGAGACUGACACCGUCAAGAUGAAGACUGAAAAAGGGCAGAUUCAGACACAGGCUUUAGAAACUGUUGCUUUGGUUGGAAGUGAAAAUGACCCUGAACUAAUCAAACAGCUGAUGGCAGAGAAGAGCCAGCUUCAGAAUAAUUUGCAGCACUGUCUUCGUGAAAUCCAAAAUCGAGAUCUGCGCUUUCAAGAAGUGAAUUCAAAAUUAAUACAGACAUUUCAAGAAAAUGCAGUUUUGUCUACCCAAUUGGAGAAUUUAUCGCAGUCAGUAAAGGACAACCAGUUGCACUACACUGAUUUGCAAAACCGUUAUUUCAUGCUUGAGCAAGAAUACCAAACACUUCAAACUCUCCCCAAAACUGCCCAUGGUGAAAUUGUUUCGGAAGUUACCACAAAAACUCCUAAGAAGCCAAUUGAUGUAUCUGUCACAAUAGACCAAGAGAAAAGCUCUGAAUGUGGAGAUUUCAUUGUACCAUUUCCCUGGGGUGAGAGGGAAUCUCUGAUCAUAGCUCCCCGGGAACAUGUUAUCGUGCGGAAGAUGAAAAGAAGGGCCAUGUCCUUUGGAAACUGGCUCCGAGGCAGAAGACUAUACUUCUCAGGGAUGCCCAGUUGCAGAGCCAAAUCCCGAUAUUUAUUUUUAGUUUACUUUUUAGUUGUACACAUUGUGGUUUUCUUGUGCCUGACUGGCAAUUUAUAAUACACUGUAAUUGCUGGGCAAUUCAGUUCCUGCCGACUCACCUUAAUAGACUUUUCACAAAUUGCUAUGCACUCACUGGUCACGGUUGUAGAUAUUCAAACUUGUGAUUUUUUUUAAGCAUCGUCCAAGGUGUAUGUUUAUAACAUUUGCUCCAAAAUUGACUUGAAUUGCUCUUACAAUGAAAUAUUAUUUUACACUGUCCUUACAGAGAAUGGGUGUGUGACUGAUGGUGUAUUUAGGGGAGCAGACCAUCCUUUGUUCAAAUCCAUGUAUGUCAUGAGGUGUCACCUCCAUACAAUGCCCCCAGUCCAGCCACUGCCAACGUCAGGGAUAUUGAGAGUACCCAAAGCCACGAGAAGCCGGAUCCAGUGGGUAAGGGGAAAUCACCAGAGAGAUCAUAGUAUUCAUCAAUCGUAUUUCCCGAGAGAUGCUGCCGGAAGGCCAAGAGGACCUCCUAUAAGCAAGGCACAGGAUGUGUACUCUGGGUGAAGAAAGGAGCUGAAUGGAAGGUCAGAGACUAUUCAUCUAGCAGGGAGCCUGCUUGGGAUAUUGAACAUGACAAAGGGCAGUCAGGACAUAAACCUGGAGUGAGUGAGUGUGUGUGUGCGUGCCUGUGUGUGUGUUUGCUUUGCACUGACUGGGGCUCUUGGCUCCUGCCUUUUGUCUCCCUUUGCUCUGCUUUCUGCUGUUUGGCCAUCAGAGGUCACGGUAAGCCUGCUUCUUUCCUCAACCUACAGCUCACCAGCUGGCAUGCUACCCAUCUGGUCAACUGUCUACUGAAUCCCAGUGUUGGAGAUCACCAUUGAAGAGGGAGUCCUUAAUUAUUGGUAUCGUGACUCCAAUAAGUAUUUCACUUUUGGGGUUCCUAGCUCCUAGGCCUGACCCCUUGGGACUGUGGCCAGUUAUGGUUAUUUGCUGUCUAGUAAGUUCUCUCAUCCUGAGCUCCCUUAUAAGUAGAUUAGUAGAAAUAUUUUUUUGUUUGUUUUUUGAUCAACUGCAGAGCUAUACCUGGUUUGAGAUGGAGGAAGGGCUUGGCAAGCUCCUAAGGAGCAAGGCCAAGUGGAAGAGUCCAAAGGUCCAAGCUCUGCCUGUUAGUGAGCACACUCUGGGAUGAGGUAGCUCGUCUCUUCUUCCAUCUGAGGGAGGUGGAAGCAUUUUGUGAUGCCCAGAUAGUGCCAGUGGUGAAGCAGAAGUAACGAGGCAUCCUUUAUGAGUUGCAUGCCAAUAGGGCUAAUGACAGAAUCCUAGUAACUGAGGGGACAUGCCAGAACUUCUGUGGAGAGAGGGACAAGCGGAUCGACUUGGAGGCUGAGUUAGAGGACUAACUAACUUCCCUGUCUACCCUUCCCCUUUCCCAGUCACCCACAGAGCAGGAUAGUGUCAAACCCCAGUCUUGCUCGACUGACUCCCGCCCCAUCCCAGGUCCUCGCUCUUACGCAGCCUGGUCCCUACCCUCCAUUUCUUCCUCUCUUUCACUAGGCAGUCUGACCUAGCACCCAAGCAACAGACUUGACCCUCUUCCCACCUCUUUUAUCCCUACCAGCUCUCAGUAGAGGGAGGAUCAGGGAGAUCACAGAAGAGGUUGAGACCCUUAAGGUUUCAGAGGUCUGUUCUUGAAACUGCCUUCACAAGGCUCUCCAAGAACUCCUCAAAAACAGAGCAGCCUGUGGGUGGGAAUAGUUGCCUGGCACACCCUUCCCCCUGCUCCAACCCAGAUCCCCUGACAUAUUAGCAGGGAGAAUCAGGCGGUAGCCAGUCAGUGGACACUGAUAGUCAUACCCGAUCCUCAUGGCUGGUAUCUCAUUUGUUUUUAAUCAAGUCCUAAGUUUAUAAUUUGGUUCCGUGUUUUUCCUAAUUUAUAAUUGGCUUUUGUUCUGAACCUUUUGCUGUUUGCUUCAAAUUUACAAUUGGCCUUUCCUUCCAAAUCUUCCACCAAAAUUUGCCUUCCUGUGUUGUUUUAAAUUUUAUUUCUCUUCCUUGUCCUUAAUAUUUUUCUUUUUGCUUUAAUUAAAAUU